GCCAAACUGUGUCACUAUUCCUUGAAAUAUGUUCGUCGCGCAGCCAUUUCCCGGUUAAACACGCCUCCAUCCUCAGCAGCGAGCCAAGCAGCAGCUCCGGUAGUGCUGAGCGCUCCGGGUUAAAGAGCAGAAAACGGCAUUUUUAAUGAAAAACAAACCCUGAUCUCCGAUGUGUGGAGGAAAAGCACCGAGGGGUCCAUCGCUCUGACGAAAAUUCCUCAGGUGGUCUCAAAUGGAUUGAAUUAAAUCCACAGAAAUAUGGAGGGAAUAGGGAACCAAGGAAGAUGUACAUUCACCGUCUUGCUCCUGAUGCUAAUGAGCAGUGGUGUGUUGACGAUAGAGAACAAAUGUAAACCCUGGGAGUAUGAAAUAGAUGGAAUAUGUUGCAACAAAUGCCAUCCUGGUUUCAAACUAGUAGAAAAAUGUACCAGCAAUACAAUUAGUGUCUGUGAGCCUUGUGGUGAUGGUGAAUUCUCAGACCAGAUAAACUUCAGUCUUACCUGCAGAAGAUGCAAAACGUGCAAAGAUUCAAAGCUUGAAUAUCAGGUAUCAGCAUGUCGAAACGAUAGCAACACUAAAUGUCAAUGCAAUAAAGGCUACUAUAAAAAUAACAUUGAUUCAGAAACAUACGACUGUUUGAAAUGUAAGACAUGUGGACUGAAUGAGAUCGAAAUACAGCCAUGUACACCUGAAACCAACACCGUGUGUGAUUGCCAGGAGAACUUUUUCAGAGAGAAGGGCAAGUGUGAGCCCUGCAGCCGUUGUUCUCUGAAGUGCGCACAACACUGUACAACUCCUGCUCCGCCAAAAGGUCCUGUCCAUCCUCACCCACAAUUUAUGAAUGUGAUCAUCGGAUUUUCAGUUCUGGUGGUUUUGCUGGUUUUGGGGAUUUUAAUCACCUUCAUAGUCACAAAACGCUCGUUCAAUAAGAAGAUGCUGAGUCUGUCCUCCAGAUCAUCUGUCCAGCAAAAGGAGCAGAGCAAGGAUUUCCUGGUGAGUAUUAAUGAGACUUCAGUGGAAACCAGUCUGGAGGAGGCUGCCGAAACCUCUCUUGUUGAGCAGGAGUUAUCCAAGCUGCCUGACUGUGUCCCGAUGAUCCCCGACCUCAUCUACUCAGUGCUGGAUCUGGUUCCCUUGCAGCAGAUGAAGCAGCUGGUUCGCGCUCUCGGCGUCACCGACACAGAGAUCGAGCAAGCAGAGAUGGACAACAGGUACUGCCGGGAGGCUCACUACCAGAUGCUGCGGGUCUGGGCCCAGAGGGCGCCGCAGACAGUCGGAGGGGGAAAGGCUGAAACUGUAAACCGGCAGGUUUUGGAGGAGCUCUUAAGCAAACUGAGACAGCUUCACCUGAGCCGAGCAGCCGAGGAACUGGAGACAAAGUAUGCCAUUCAGUGAUGCAAUCCCCGCCAGCCUGGACUUAAAAAAAAAAAGCUUACAGAACCAAGUAUUGUUCACCUAGGGACCCUGCAGAGGGUGGAUUAAAGUGGACACGGUGCUAAAACCAAAGGAGCAGUUUUAUUCCACCAGCAGGACGGAGAGCUUUCCCUCGGAUCCUCCACUGUGCCAGCAAAGAAUCAAACGGGACUCAAGCAAACGGACCAAACAAAUGCAGCUUUAUCAAGAACUGUUUUUACUAUGAAUGUUUUUACAUUUACUGAGAUGUAGAUGAGAAGUGCAGCACAGAUUCCCUUCAUCAGUUGUGAAGAUUUGAUGUACUUAUUGUAACAAAAAGUUGACAAAAACUUAACAUGAUCCUCCAUUUAUAUCUGAGGUUAAAAUUCAAAUUUUAUGCCCUGAUAAUCCAGAAUCUGGCUGCAAGUUCAAGAUAAUUUGCUUCUGAGCAUUUUAUGCAUUCAACUUGAAGAAAAGUUGGACCAACAGAGGUUCAAGUAAAUAAAAAAGUAAAACAUCUGACUUUAAAUGAAGCAGAAAAAAACAGAUUUGUGGUUUUCUUGGCUUGCGAUAAGAUUUUAUGGGGCUUGAAAACUGUGGUUAUCUUCUCAUCUACUGACUUACUUUUGCCAUUUUAGAACAAAAUCAAGAAAUAUUAAUUUCAUUUAACAUUUUAAGCUCAAGUGUUUUUGUUUUUUUAAUGGAAGCAAAACGAUUCCAUUAAGUUUCGCUUUGAACUGAAAAAAUUUCCAUAAUAAUUUCUGAGUUACCUUAGAAAUCUAAAAGUUUACCAGGUUUUAUUGCGUUAAUGGAGGAGAGAGUUGACAGAGAAGACUGAUAAUCAACACUUUGGUGGUAGAGUGAUAUGUUUGAGAUUUCAUUUAAAGUGACCCGUUUUUGCUGAUGUGAGGAUUUAAAUGGGUCCAAUUCUGAGUUUAUGUUAGUUUUGCACUUUUCUAGCUACUUUUUGAAAGAAUAUUGUUCCUGUACACGUUGUGCAGUUGGUCGAUUCAGCCGACUAACCUGAACUAGAAACAGGAAACACACAAAAUAUUUUUUAACAAAGUCUCUUUGAGUUAGCGAACAAAACUUGUACGUUUAGAUUUUAUUUAGAGAUGCACCAAUCAGGCUUUUUCUGGUUCACAAUCUAAUUCAGAUCCUUUUUUUCUAAAAAAUUAAGACUCAUACAAGACAAAAAAAUCUGCAGAAGAUGCUUUGAUAAACUGUUUAGUUUUCAAACCAAAAUAAAGUAAUCACAUUACUCGAUUAUCUUCAUUUAUGCUUCAAAGUUAAUGAUGCAUUUAAAGACUGAAAAGUGUUGGAGUUUUUCGUCGUGAUGCAUUUGAUGAAUAGGAAAUGUUUGAUUAGAACCGAUCAGAGAAAUAUUUUGAAUUUUGAUCCUAAGCUAUUGAUUGGUGCAUCUCUUACUUUAUUAUCAAACCUUUUGGUUGGUGCUUCUUCAGAAGCUAAACGGCUUUUAUUUUAAACUAAUUUUACAAAAAAGGGACUCAAGUAAGUCUGCACUUGUUUAAUUGUGAUUAUAUUGUUGGUCUUUUUAUUCAAGAGUUUCACAGUAGAGAAGUUUUAUAUCUCUGAAAUAUAUAAAGCAUUUAUUUUACAAAGCUUUAUUAUUUUUGUUAAGAGUUUAAUAGAUUGUAAUUGCUGUGUCAUUUCACUGAGGUCUGUUAAGCUACAUUUUUUAUAACUAUUACACAUUUUCACUGUCGUGAACGAACUUAAACAUGCAGAUAAAAUGUUGUCUGGUUAGAUUAAAGCUUGUCAUAUUUUCAUAGCAGUUCCCUGUUGCGCUGGAGUAGAAAAAACAAAAAAAGAAAAGUCAGAUCUGCUUUGUUGGAAACAAUGAAGCCGGGGAAGUGCUUUGUUCCUCCUGAGCGAAGAACAACUCUGCUGUGCAUCGCAGGCUUUUCACCGCCUCAGUAGCAUUCUUCUAAGCCCCAAUCAUGCAAGCAUUAUCUUUGACACGCCUUGUCUCAAGUCUACUUCAGUUUUUAUACUCAUGCCAUCCUUGGAGACGAGCUUGGGACGGAAGAAGCGUAACUCUAAGAGCACUUUUCUUUGUUGCUUGACACUGUAUUAUAUGUUUGGGUUUUGAAUAAAGGUGAUGUGAAUUUUUUG